AGAAUCCAAUCAGCUGCUAGGAAACAAGAGCCUAUGGUUCCACUAACAGAAGAAGACUAAGCAGCUAUGGCCGAGCAGACUACGGCUGGCCUCCAUUACUCAAGCUCGACAAUGAGGAGCUGCAGAGCUCAAAUGCAGAAGUCCGAGGUGCGAGAUGCUGAAGCACGAGCUCCAAAGGCCGAGAACGAAGUGCGAGAUGCUGAAGCACGAGCUGCAAAGGCCGAGAGCGAAGUGCAGAAUUCAACCACGAGCUGCAGAGCUCAAAUGCAGAAGUCCGAAGUGCGAGAUGCUGAAGCACGAGCUGCAAAGGCCGAGAGCGAAGUGCAGAAUUCAACCACGAGCUGCAGAGCUCAAAUGCAGAAGUCCGAGGUGCGGGAUGCUGAAGCACGAGCUCCAAAGGUCGAGAACGAAGUGCGAGAUGCUGAAGCACGACCUGCAAAGGCCGAGAGCGAAGUGCAGAAUUCAACCACGAGCUGCAGAGCUCAAAUGCAGAAGUCCGAGGUGCGGGAUGCUGAAGCACGAGAUCCAAAGGCCGAGAACGAACUAAGCUCAGGUCUAGCUUGCAACCAGCUUGCCAUUUCACCAGCUAUCUUGUGUUCCACCUCUCAUGGGCCAUUCAUCAAUAAGAUAUGCUGAGCCCUUAUUUAUUAAAUAUAUUGAAUAUAAUAUAUUCUUCAUGUUUCA